CCGAGGUUCAGCGCCAGGACUCCGAGAUGGUGGUAAUGCUCAACACGUGCUGCGCGAGGUACGAGCUAAGGAAGGGCUGCGUCAUCAUAGGAGCCCUGUGGCUGGUGAUCUCUCUGGUGGUCGUUGUGGGAGCACCGCUGAUGAUGCGCAAUCUGGAGCAAGACAUGGACGACGUGUACCAACAUUUCAGCGGCUCGUGGGACUCAGAAAAGCAGAAAAUGUAUGACAUCACGCUGUCAGUCCUCAGAGCCACCUUCUACGGGAUCACCGCCAUGGCUGUAGUGGAUGGCAUCUGCUCGACCAUGCUCAUCUUCGGCGCUCGCCAGGACAAGCCCGGCCUGGUGCUGCCGUGGGUGGUGGAGCAGAUGGUGGUGCUGCCCGUCUGGGCCCUGCUCGCGCUGGCCUUUGCCGUCCUCAGCUACAUGGAGGGCCAGCUCCAGAGGUCCACCGUCAGCGUCUUCGUGCUGCUGGUGCGUGCAGGUGUGAGUGUGUACUUCAUCCUGGUGGUGUACAGCCAGUACAGAUACCUGAGGGGUGAGCUGGUGCCCACCAGUCCCAACCGGGCCGUCUGAGGGAAACACCCUACCUAGGUCUCCACGUCUCCACUCAUGUCGUUUCAACAGCGACCGACUGCUGCAAAUGUUUCCAGCUUCUUUGGCCACACAAGAACAUAAUGCGCUGCAUCAGCCGCGCCGAAGCAUGAACUCGCAACAAAGUCUUCUGCCCAAAGGCGUGGCCACACAAAAGUUGCAUAAGGGAACUACAGCAAGUCAUCUCGUGCAUUCUGAAACCUCCGUGGAUACAUUACAGUUUUAAUGCUCACAACUUUGAUAAAAGGCAUCUAGUUGGAGGCAAAGAGAUGCAUUUCGAAACUAUUUAUUUGCAGAUCGGUAUUUGGGCAUACAGAUCUUAGUCAGUAGUAUCUGGCACAUAAUAUAAAAAACAGAAAUAUCUAUACCUAUCGCAAUAACGUAAGAAAACGUUGGCUACACUAGAGAAGAAACAUGAUAUUACUUACAUACUGCACACAUCAACAUCAAACGACGUGUCUGUCGGGUGCAAAAUAUUUGUGAUCAUUAUCAGUGAUGUUGAUCUAGAAAAUAUAGAGCCCCAUGAAUAUUUAAAACCUAACUAAUCGAUCAGUUGAAAAAUGGAUCAUGCCCACUUUUUUCCCAAAUUAAGACAAUCAGAGAUAAAUGAUCUUUAUAUCUGUAUGCAUCGUUUGCUACAACAGGGGGUCACGUCCCAGCAACAAAAGUGGUCCUUAGGAAGGUACUGAGUCAGAGAAUGGGCCAUGUCGAUAUAAUAAAGCAUUUAGUGUGGUCUUGUUCCAGUAAAAAUAAAAAAAAACAAACUGGACGAUGUUAAGAAAAUACUGCAAUACAUACCUGAUGAGCAGAAAUCAUUUUGUGAUAGUAACUGCUAGUGGUCAGUGAAGGAUGGACAAGAUAAAGAUGCAGCAUUCCCACUACUGUCUACUUUGCUGUAUUUUGCUUGUGGUUGCGUUUGGGGUACAUUAUGAAUAAACCUAUAUGCUCAUAAUACAAUCUUGUACUGCGACGAUGUAUAUGAAUAAUAUAAACUUGCACAAUACAAUCUUUCAGCUGCAAACAGAACAGUACAGGUGCAAAAUCUCCAGUACAUUAAAGCUGGAUUACUGGCCAAAGUCGAUGGCUAACGUAUGUUGUAAUGGUGUAUAUUGUUUUACCCUGGAGUCAAUUGCUGCAAGGUACCUCAACUACACCAUGCUUAAACCGGUUGUGCAGUAAGGUACUUCUUCGUGUCUAGUGAAGAAUUUACUUUCUGGGACAUAUGGCUUUUCCCUCUCGCAGAUUCAAGUUUGACACUGUAGAUAAUCGUUCCAGAGACACCGGUAGGGUCCGUUCUCUCGUGGUAAAAGUGUUUCACCUCUGCAGUACACAUUUCGUCACGUGUAUGUGUUUUGAACCUGUGAAGUGGUAAACGGGAUGAUAAUGACCAGCUCUUUAAAAUACACGUGAACACGAUCACCUGACCAUUUCUUCUAUAGUUGUGUGCUAAUUACAAUGUGAUUUGUAACAGUCACGCUUCCUGACCGUACAGGACGCUACCAUCACACCGAGAAAUCAAGACAGUCUGUCUCGUAGCAGAGGUGUCAUGUCAUCUCUGGUACCAUACCUAGGUUCAUCUGUGGCAUCCACUCACUGUGUACAUAGUGACGCGUGCCGCUGAUCUCCUUGGCUUUCGAUUCGCAGCAGCGAUAUUUACAGCGCUGGCUGCGCGAGUAGAGGGACUGUGAUGUCACGAGGACGGGGUCUUAAGGUGGAGAGUGCCGCGCGAUAGGUGGGGGAAGGAAACACAGCUGGCGGCGGACGAGUAGGUACCUAAUACGUGACACACCACUGCAGUGUCGCGUUGUGGACCCGUGGCGGGCGCGAGCGAACCAGCGUUGCGUAUAGCGGGCCCUGGCUGCGAGGAAUCGUUAGCGCCAGGAUUUCACCCGGAACAAGUCCCGCCCACUCACCCCCGGCUUUCCUGGUCUUUGUUCGGCGCCUGGGCAUCGUUUCAGUUGAACCACGUGGUUUGCCGCGUUCGGCUGCACUUGGAGUGAAUGUUAAAUUAAUAUCUUGCUAGGUCUUAAAUUUUGCCAGAUAGUUAAAAGACACGUUACAAAAAAAGUGUACAAUUGGCAUCAGCUGUGCCAGGUACUUCCACAGGAAACACAAGAGAAAACAAUUUAGCACUGAAUUCUUUAAAUACGAGAACUCAGUACUCAGAUGAAUAGCCUAUGAAGAAACAUACUUCUAUGUGAGAUAAAGUACCCAAAGUUAAAACAGGAAAAACCUACCCUCAAAGAAUAAUUUGCUUGGAGAAAGGGGAACCACGGUAUACUUGACGCUUGAGUUUCAGAACUCAGGCAGUAUACGUGAAACAAGCACCAGUAUUCACUAUAAUUCCAGAGAGCAUCAAAAUUACUUUGUUCUUGCUACAUCGAUCCAGGCUGUUUUUGCGUGUUAUUCACUGAAUAGUUUUGCUGAAAAGUUUUAGGGGUGGAAGAAGAGCUAGCUAGCACAGCAUGAAGGACUAUUUCAGCCGUGAAACACUGCAGCAUUAAUUUCUCCAUAACUUCUCUGUGACAAACAUACACAUUAUCAUUAUUAUUUUUAAAAAAAUGGUUUGAAUGACAUUUAUGAAAUUAAUAAAUCUUUUGGUCAAAAAAUGGCAGGACAAAUAAUAACGACAGAUUAUUUUCCUGAGACCUUUGCAACAGCACAUAGGACACUAAUCACACAGAAACAGCCACAAUUUUUAUAACCUCGUUUAUAAUGCGCAGGUAUGGCAUUGGAAGAAUUUACAAGUUAAAAUUCACGCAUUUCCCAUGAAAAUACUAAUGAAAUAUGUCAUUUAAGCAAACAUCUUACUGAUUUCAUUAGGCAUUUCUACUUUAUGGUAUUCUUAUAUUCUUUAAUUUUCGUGAGCUACUAUGAGGGCCUACACAAACAAAACGACAUUCACUUAUUUCUAUGUUCAAAAAAUGUUCAAAUGUGUGUGAAAUCUUAUGGGACUUUACUGCUAAGGUCAUCAGUCCCUAAGCUUACACACUACUUAACCUAAAUUAUCCUAAGGGCAAACACACACACCCAUGCCCGAGGGAGGACUCGAACCUCCACCGGGACCAGCCGCACAGUGCAUGACUGCAGCGCCUUAGACCGCUCGGCUAAUCCCGCGCGGCACUUAUUUCUAUAUAACGUUGAUUUUAGACAACAGAGUUAGUCGACUGCAUCCGUGGCUUUUCUACCGGCGUGACAGAUUCAAAACCAUUGUUUUCGCAUUGCAUGUUGCUCUGCUGUUUCCCUCAAAUAAACGUAUUAUAAUAAGUGAAUUAGUUAAUGAAAAUUUGUCCUUAUUGCCCUUAAAUAACAUCACGCUAU